AUGCAGGCGUCCACGUCGCCCGCAUUCACCCGUCGGCGGCCGUCCGCUUUGCACGUGGAUGGCGUCGGAAGUCAACGCACCACAUCCACAACCGCUUUUUCGUCCUUUGACCGUCUGCUAGCGGACAUCGCGUUCCAGCGCCAGAGGGAACGGCAACGAGUGGCCGCGAGCGGACGGCAGAGCCGACGACGCCGUGAAGACGGCCAACGUCCAGCUGCAACUUCGGCCACGGAAGGAGCAGCGACUAAAACUGGAGUAAUAUCCACAGGAUCUGAGAUCGACGACGAGGCGGCCUCGGCGUACUGGUGGACAGACGUAUUCCUCCGAUACUUCGUGUUCGACGAGGACUGCACGAGGACCUCCACCACGGCCGACUCAGAUGAUUUGUUGUUUUUCGUGCGGCGCCGGCGAAAUAAGCGCAAGUGCACUAAGCGCCGACUGUCCUCACAACGUCGGCGACGGGUCACUUACGACACCCGGGCUUACCGAAAACAACAGCACAACCAACAGCAGCAGCAACAACAGCAGCAAAAGCCGACCAUGUUGCCGAUCGGCGAUCCGGCCGUCCUGUGGCGGCACACGGUGUGUCUGAACGCCAUCGUCCAUCGGCUACGGUACACGCUCACGGUGGCCGUGUGUGCGCGUGUACCCAGGAAGGCAGCUGCCUCUGCCUGUUUCAGCGGCUUCGACGGAUCACGAGAAUUCGUAUCAGCCGAAGGGCAAGAAGACUGCGAAUACGACCUGCAGCUGCUGUCGCGCCACGUACACACAGUGUACGCAUCGACUAGUGGUCGACGUAUGGACGCGGCGAAGGGACCUAGAGAGCGGCCGGUAUACCCCGCCUUGUGUUGGGCCGUCGACGAUUUCGCCGAGGCUUUCCGCACGGUGGUUGUACGCCCUGGACAGACAGUCUGCGCCGAGCUGGUGGCAGCUUGGCCAGGUCCGGAAACCAUCGUCGAAGAAUACCUCAAUAAUGACAUCGAAGACGGCAACGACACUGAUGAAUACGAUCUGGAUGGCAGCAAUAGCAACCUGUUCGGUCGUAAUAAAUCCGUGCCCGUGAAAGUACAACAGAAUCUAAACAGAGCUGUUCUGUUCACCGGCGCCGUCCCUUACGCUGCGGUGCGCGCAGCAUACGAGUGCAAGAUGAGCUUGUACCGCGACGCGGAACGCCAACGAAGGAAACGGCGGCGUCAACAGCAACGGAAACGGGGCGGCAAGAAAUCGUCUCUAGGCGCCGCCCUGUCCGCAUCGCUGACGGCUCUGUUCGUCAGUGGCAAAGACUCUGCCCCGUCGUCAGACUGUGGAGAUAACGAUUAUUAUUACGGCUCUGCGUCUUCCACAAACGCCACCGUCGCCGAUGCCGAUCGCGUCGAGUACGUGACGGUGCGUGGUUGUCGGCCGAGUUGUGACAACGACGACAGCGGCGGUGGCGAAUUGUCAUCGGACGAAGAAAAUCCCGGCGCAGACGACUUCGACUUCGGCGACGUCAGCGUCGGCGGGGACGACUCCUAUGACUACACGAAGGGCCUGGCCCAGAUGGCUGUCACGCUCGCACCAAUACAGCAAAUGGAAACGGCCACCUCGGGUGUCUAUGGUAAUUCUGAAUACCACGUCCACCACCACCAUCAUCACCAUCACCAUCUCCAUCACCAACAGUACUGUGGUGGUGGAGAGGACGAUUACGGUGACACCAGAUACGAUCAAGACCCUGAUUUUACUGCCAGCUCGUGUUAUGACCACGCAAAUGAUAGUUACACUCCAGUGAUUGGUUACCAACAACAGCAGCUCGAGUCCUACACUGGAACAGCCACAGCUUCUGAACCUGGAGACUACUAUGAUUACGGGUGGGACUAUGAAACGGCGGCCAGCAGCGAGCAGCAGACGCCUCAGACUCCAUCCUAUUAUUAUCAACAGCAACAGCAGCAACAACUCGAACGUCAACGACGUCGGGACGGCAGACCGAGACGACUCAGUGACCCAUGCUCGACAUCUGUUUUUGAUCAACUGGAUGACGAUGACCACGGUACAGAUCAACUUCACCAGAACUAUCAACAACAGCAUGAUAUGAAUAAUUAUAACAGCAUGUAUGGAAAGAAAAGUAGUCGAAAACAACAGCAUGACUACAAAAACCGAUUACAACAGCAACCAAAUAGAUAUGGAAGUGUAAGAGGAUUAUCGUCGGUAGCAUUGACGCCAGGAAGAUCUGGAAAAAUUCAACAUCCACAUCGGGCCUGGUCUGAGAGCGAUGGGUUGGAUCAGUGUGGUGGUAGCCUUGUUAAACAAAAUCGAAAUCAGCAAAAACCUCAACUGCUACCACCUCCACCUAUACCUUAUUAUUGUGCCGCCGAAGCGGCCGUAUCGGGUUUUGUGCAAUAUGUGCACAAGAGUCCAGGUGGCUGGUGGACACGAACCAAAAACAAGCGGCGUAGAAGACGUUAUAGGAAUAUGAAACGAAAGCCAAAUGGAAAGAUUAUCACAACCAUGGAUCGCCGUCGAAGUUCCAGUGCCGGUGGAAAUGGCUGCACCAUCACCGAUGACGAGAAUAGUGACGGUUCAGGUUCGGGUUCAAAUUCUGACCAUGGCGAAUCAAACUCUGAUGAACAAGACAGUGAUGGCGAAUUUAUUGGCGUGCUUGCUGCUGCCGCGGCAUUUGGCCAAGACCCUGACCGAGAAUGGUCGCAACGGGGUAACGCCGGUGAUCCAGUAGCUGAUUGGGACAGAUAUGACUGUGAAAGUGACUCAUCUGUAGAACACGAAGAUGAUGAUAUGGUUGAAUGGACGACCGAGAUUAUGGCCACUGAUAUAAGGCGUAAACCACAUCAAAACUGUUCAAUAGUAUCUACACCAGCGAGGAUAGUACACGAUAAUUACUUACAUUUUUGUGAUACACAGUCAUUGACACCUGUCUUUAUGAACCGUCAACUGCACCAUCAAUCAAAACAGCAACCCGUUGGUCACCAACAGCAAUUUCAUCGGCAACUACCACUACCGCAAUUCCGACCUCAACCACUCGAACCCCCACCACCACCACCUGCAUUGAGCGUCGCAUUUACUGCGGUGGCCUGUCCAUGGUGGACGGUUCUAGAAGACGUGCUGCACGUGAAUGCCAAAACUUCUGGAGAGCUAUCGUCAUCAAAUAAAACAGGCACGACGUUACCUCUCCUCACGUUUGAUUAA